UAUGGCCGAUAUGGCUCUCGUUAAGAAGCAUAAUAUUGGUUACUAAAGAAAGCGAGUGAUAGAAACAUAAUCUAUCGGUUUAUAUAACGGUUUGUUGUAUUUUAAAGGAUCAGGCGGUGUUAAAUACUAUUUCCUUGCUUUAACGACAAAACCUCGGCAUCAGAAUGAGUAACAUUUACAUCCAAGAGCCACCGUCAAAUGGAAAGGUGCUGUUGAAGACCUCAGCAGGAGACAUUGACAUUGAGUUGUGGUCCAAGGAGGCUCCUAAAGCAUGCAGGAACUUUGUGCAGUUGUCCAUGGAAGGUUACUACGAUGGCACCAUGUUUCACCGAGUGGUGCGUGAGUUCAUUGUUCAGGGAGGAGAUCCCACGGGAACAGGAACAGGUGGAGAGUCCAUCUAUGGUCGUCCAUUUAAGGAUGAAUUUCACUCCAGACUGCGCUUCAACCGGAGAGGUUUGGUUGCAAUGGCUAACGCUGGCCCUCAUGAUAACGGCAGUCAGUUUUUCUUCACCUUGGGACGCGCAGACGAGCUCAACAACAAACACACCAUAUUCGGAAAGGUCACAGGAGACACAGUCUACAACAUGCUCAGACUGGCAGAAGUUGAAUGUGACAACGACGAAAGGCCUUUGAAUCCCCACAAGAUCAAAAUUGCAGAGGUGCUUCACUCUCCGUUUGAUGACAUCAUACCUCGUGAAACAAGGAAGGGCAAGAAGGAGAAGGAUAAAGAGGAGGGAAAGAAGUCUCAGUCAAAGGCCACAAAGAACUUCAGUCUGUUAUCUUUUGGAGAAGAAGCUGAAGAGGAGGAGGAGAUGGUGAAUCAAGUGAGCCAGACGCUGAAGGGAAAAAGCAAAAGCAGCCACGACCUCCUGAAAGAUGAUCCCAGGCUGAGCUCUGUUCCAGCAGUCAAGAAGAAGAAGAAGAAGACACCAGGAGACACAGCCGAGACAGACGAUGCGGCCGACGGCGACGUUGAAGACGACGCGGAUGCAGACGAAGAGUACGACUCUGAUGAGAGAGCGAAGAGGAGGGAGCUCAUCAGUAACAAGCUGAAGAAAUACAGAGAGGCAGAGAACAUGCCGGAGGAGGAGCAGCAAGAGAAGAAGAGCAGCCGCAGUGAUGAAUUGAGGAAAGAGGCGCGGCAGUUGAAGAAGGAUCUUCAGGCCAUAAAGCAACGGAAAGAAGAAGGCUUUAAACCCGCAGUAGAAGAAGUCAAGGAGGCAGAAGAAAAGCCGACCAACGAGGCCGUGGCUGAAUAUCUGGAGGGACGCAAGAAGUACGAAGAGCAGCGCAAACAAAAGCUGAAGAAAGGCUCAACCAGAGAACAACAGACGCUGGCCCUCCUCAACAAUUUCAAGUCCAAGCUGUCUUCGGCCAUCACUGAGGAGGCUCCAGAGGACGACGUGGAGGAGCUGGCAGAGGACGACGACAAAGGAUGGAUGGGCCAUGUUCUGCAGUUUGAUGAGCAAACCAGAAAAGUCAAGGAUGCCACCGUGCAGGACGAGGACACGUUUGAGAUCUACGACCCACGAAACCCCGUCAACAAACGAAGGAGAGAGGAGAGCAAGAAGAUCAUGAAGGAGAAGAAGGCCAGGACGUUAGGUCCUGCCCAAGACAUGUGACCGUAAAACUGGUCCAACGGCAUCCUGAGUGUCCCCUUUUCCACCACUUCAAACCCCGUUUGGUUGAGCGGCCUGCUGGCCUCCAACAUCUGGACUGAUGCUGACCCAUACGAUCCCUUUAAUCUGUGAUGGAAAGGCUUCCUCGCCUGGAACAGCUGCAGCCGGACGACGUCCAGUUACUCAUCGGGAUUAAGACCGCGGUCAUAGUCGCGACCAAGGUCACCGUUUGAUUACAUGUAAUGUUUGUUUUGCCAUUCUUCUUAAAUGUGACCAUUAAACUUCUAAAUAAAUAGCAUUUGUAAACA